ACCGACCCUUCCUUCCCUCUUCAAUUUUUCCUUCAAUAAACAGCAAAAGAAGCUCUGCGCUUUCUUCUUCUUCUUCUCCGAAUCAGAUUUCUCACCAUGUCUCAGACUGUUGUUCUCAAGGUUGGCAUGUCAUGCUCAGGCUGUGUUGGGGCUGUCAAAAGGGUUUUGGGGAAAAUGGAAGGCGUAGAGUCCUUUGAUAUUGAUCAAGAAGCGCAAAAAGUGACGGUGAAGGGUAAUGUGACCCCAGAAAGUGUUCUGCAGACCGUUUCGAAAACUGGGAAGAAAACUUCAUUUUGGGAAGAAGCAGAAGUAUCAGCCAAACCUUCUGAAGCUGUUGUGGUUGGUGAUGUUCCACCAACUGUUUCAGAAACUAAAAAAGAAUCUUCGCUCGGGGAAGAGAAAGGGGCGGACGAAUCUGGCGCGAAGCCCUCAGAAGGUAUUGCCAUUGCUUGAUAUGAUCAUUAUGGCACCUGUAAACACUCUAAAACUUUGUUUAUGACCUAUAGUGUGAAAUGAACUAUGUAAUAAUUGAUGUUGCUUAACCAAACAUAAGAAAUGUUGUGUCCAUUUAUCUUAUGUACAACAAACAAUGUAUGUUGGGCUUAUAUGGACCUAUGAAUCAUUUGAUCACCUUGUGAAUUUGCUGUUAAUUAAUAUUCGGGUAUUGA